GUGCGCGCUCUGUGCGUGAGGAGGAGGGGCGUCGCGGAAAUGGCGGGUCUGUGUGUGUCCUUGGGAGGAGCGUCCCGGGCGGGCUUGGCUUUGGCGCGGGGCGUCGCGGCUCUCCCCUCCCUGCGACCCGCCUUUGGGAGAAGCUACGGCGUGGGCACGUCCCCGACCGGCGAGAAAGUGACGCACACGGGACAGGUUUUUGAGGAAGCUGACUACAGGCGGGCUCGAUUUUCUGGUCGACAGAAAGAGGUGAAUGAAAGCUUUGCAAUCGAUUUGAUCGCUCAGCAGCCUGUGAGUGAAGUUGAAACCAGAGUGAUAUCCUGCGACGGUGGCGGCGGAGCUCUGGGACAUCCUAGAGUGUAUAUAAACUUGGACAAAGAUACAAAAACGGGAACAUGUGGCUACUGUGGACUCCAGUUUAAGCAGCAACACCAUCACUGAAAAUUGCCUUUAUUAUACUAUGUUAUAGUAUUAAAUAUAGAUUUAAAGGAC